AUGUCCGGCAGACAGCAACACCAAUACGAUGCGCGUUUGUUUUCCGUUUCACCUAUGAGUGAUGUUGAUUCCGAUAGGCCUCGCUCCCUCACCGCCUCCCCUGUGCGAGAGGUGGCAGAAUUAUUGCCGCCUCGCGGCGGCGGCGGCAGCAGCAGCAGCAGCAAUUUAGAUGUAGCGGCGCCGUCUGCUGGUGACGAGCGGACGAGCUGUCGGCUGCUGAACUUCCAAGACACUACCACGGCGUUGGCGUUUGGUGUGGUCCUUGGUUCAGACAGUGUGGGCAAUAAAGACAGGCGCAAGAGUGGUGUUGAUGAUUAUUUUUAUUAUAGUUGCAGUGGAAACUCGACCGCGUGCGCAAUCUCGUGGGGCACAGCAGCGAUGCUCGCAAAGCAUGUCUACCUCUAUGAUAUCGUCUGCAGUAGGGCGGGAAGUGCCGCGUUGUAUAACCCACCGGCGUCGCAGUCGUCAUCUGCUGCUGAGCACGCGGAGCGGUUGCUUUCGUCGUCGUCUUCUUCGUCUCCGGCCGUCACGGCCUGGGAGCACUUGCUCUGCAGUCUCCUGUUCCGCACGGCUGUGGUGCUCGGCCACCGCGCCGUUUCAUGGGAUGAGCAGCACCGCAUGGAGGAGACACUUGCGGCGGUGCGUCAGUGGACACGGAUGCUGGUAGAUGGGUUUCUGCGCUGGGUACCGCCGUCAACAGGACUACGCUUGUUGUUGAGCAGCAGUGGUGGGUGUGACGGAGUUGAGGUAGCACUGCUUGGUAUGGAAGAUGUGUGGCUUGUACAGCAGCACUGGGCCUCCUUGCGGCGCUAUUGGUCAACCACUGAGAGUGCUGCUGCUGCCCCAGUGCUGCGGCGUGAAGCCCCACGGGAAGAUCUGCUUCGCACGGUUCGGGUAUUUCAGAGGCACUGCGUGCGAGCGCUGCGGUGGCUGAAAGAUGGCGAUGGCGACGCGUACAGGGCCAGCGACGACAGCCGAAUCAUACACGUGAUGGCCGCUGUAGCACAUAUUGAAGCGUAUUUAGAGACUGCAGCACCGUGCUGUGAUGACAGCGGCGUGGAGUGCCACAACUGUGAUCAUAAUAAUAGCAAGAGUGGCAGCAGUGCAUCGAGUCUUCCCUUCACUGCAAUACAGCGAGACUACUUGGUGGACCUUCUCGCACCACUCCUGCUGCGGCACAACAGUGUGUGUGCGGAGGGUAAAUUUGCCGCUUCUCACUGGAUUCUGGAACACUUGAAAACGGAAGCACACGCUGCAAUAUUUAGCGGGCCUUCGCGGUUGCUGUUUCAUGACUUUCUCGCCUCGCUCGCGCACUGGCUGGUGCUGCAGGUCGUGCCCAUGCUCCUGCACUGUGUGAAUGUGGCCGGCAGGCGUUGGCCUUACGCUCAAAGCCGCCGUAAUGAAUAUGAUGACGCGUCGCUUUCACCGUCAUCCGCACCUCGUCGUUCGCUUCGUCUGCGGUUUGAGUGUGUGGAUGUUUCAGACAAGGAGCAUGUGGGGUUGAAAGGCGCAGCAACUCGACGUAACGUGUUUUCUAGCAUCACUAUCUCUGAGUGGCUGCGAUGGGUGCGAAAUGAGCAGCGGCAACGCUCGCAACAACUUGACAACAGCAACGGCAGUGAUAACAAAAGCGGUAGAUGCUGCGCUGUUCGUGGGGACUCAACGUAUUGGCUUCAUUUCUUCCCGUCACUGUCCUCCACGGGUGCGGCGCUGCUGCUGCUUCUCGACUCCCUCAGACUUUUUGGCCAGGUACCGCAUCCAGCAGCACCAGGGGUGCUUCUCUCAGAACGACUGUUCGAGCAUAGUGGUGCGUUGACGGUGAGUCGCUUGGCCAUUGGCUGCAGCUACACCGAGGUGUCGAUGCUGCGUCGCCGCUACUGCUGCGCGCCUGUAGCCGUGNUGAGUCGCUUGGCCAUUGGCUGCAGCUACACCGAGGUGUCGAUGCUGCGUCGCCGCUACUGCUGCGCGCCUGUAGCCGUGUCGCACCCGGUGGUUUCGCGUGGGGCACUGCAGCUCUUUACACUCGCGGAGUUUCUGACGCGGUACCGCACCAUCGUGGAUGCCGCGCGUGUCUCCUACUACGCGCCUCGGGUGCGUCAGCAUGAGGCCAAACAAGUUGAAGCAGUCGUGGAUUCGUGGCGCCCAUUGCCGCCACUGUUUCGCAUUUCGCUUGACAAUUUUGAUGCUUUUUCGCCGACGAAUCAGGUGAGGCUCAUUUGCUCCGCUGCAGCCGUGGACUACGUCACGUACGCAUCGGGCAAAGAAGAGGACGAACAGGAGGCUGCGUGGGUACGGCAUGCGGAGAGGCGCGGCGAUCUCGGCGUAUUCUCCGGCAAUGGAGCAGCAACAGCAGCCCCAAUGGAGAGUCGUGUGAGGGGUGGUGUUGCUGUUAUGGAGGACUCCGGUCUCGUGAAGAUGUACGACUGCGCGGCCCUCGAGCAGCUGGAAGCGGCGCGGUGGCGCAGCAGCGCGCAGCUGCACGAGUGUGGGACAGUUAUUCUGCAGGCGUUUCUGCGCGCGCGUUGGUCGGGGCGGUGGAACUACACACCGCUCCGCCGACGCGCACAUCGGCGGGCAAUUGUUGUGCUACAAACCGCACUGCGUGUGUGUCGUGCCAUGCUAGUGGUUGGGCGGCAGCAACAGCGGCAGCAGCAGCGCUGGCGUGAGGCACGCAGGCAGCAGGACGCCGCACGUGAGUGCCUUCUCCGCAGGCUGGAACUCCAGGCCGGCACUGACGACGCCAGAGCGGCAAAAGCAGCAGGAUCAACAACAACAACAGGGCAGGAGAGAGGCNGCGCGCGUUGGUCGGGGCGGUGGAACUACACACCGCUCCGCCGACGCGCACAUCGGCGGGCAAUUGUUGUGCUACAAACCGCACUGCGUGUGUGUCGUGCCAUGCUAGUGGUUGGGCGGCAGCAACAGCGGCAGCAGCAGCAGCAGCAGCGCUGGCGUGAGGCACGCAGGCAGCAGGACGCCGCACGUGAGUGCCUUGUCCGCAGGCUGGAACUCCAGGCCGGCACUGACGACGCCAGAGCGGCAAAAGCAGCAGGAUCAACAACAACAACAGGGCAGGAGAGAGGCGAUCACACAGAGAAGGAUGGCAUGCACGUCGUCUCUCUCUCGCCGACGACAGUCAAGAGUCGACCAGCGGCACCGACUGAAGGCGAUGAUGGAGACGCGGGGUAUACAGCUGCCGUCUCAUUUCCUCCCAGAAGCUCUGCAGAUAAAUGCGUCAUUGCUGUGGACGGCAUUCGAACAGAGGCGUGCCAUGGUAAGAUAUGUGGAGAGAGCAGUGUUAUGAAUACGCUCUUUGCGCUGGAGGCCAAAGGGCGGGAUUUAGUGCAACUCGCUGAGGCGAAGCGGCGCCGUAAUCUGCUGAUGAUUGUGGAGGAGCAGAUGCGAGAGCGCUGCCGCCUGCAGGAGUACCGCGAGCGGCGCGCUGUUAUGCAUCGGCGGGAAGACGAAAAACAACAAGCAGUGCUGAAGGGGAGCCGCCGCCAGCGGCGCAAGCAACAGCACCAACAACAACGGCGCCAUUCAAUGGCAAAGACGCCAAACAACGCGGCUCAGCGAGCCCACCCCCCAUCCGCAACCACGCACAGUGUCGUGCCUCCCGCUACGGAGCCUGCAGAUGGUGAGGGCAACACCAGCGAUGUGGUCAUUGUGAUUGACGUGAACGACGAGGACGAGGUGGCCCCUCCGCGAAGCCGUCGUGCCACCAGCAAACGUCUGGCAGCGCCUGGACGAGGGCUGGCCCAGUCGCCUGGCGUGCGUGUGUUGGCGCGUGCACCACACUCCGCUGGUGCUGCUGCAAUGCCAAAGACAACAGCAGCAGGUGUUAAUGCCGCUGCACCGCGCGACCCCGUGCAGAGAGCGGUAUGGCGGCAGGAGCACGAGGACCGCACGUUCAUUGAGCUCAGUGAGCGGUACCGCCGCCAUAUGCUGCAGCAGAGCCGCGCGUUGGCCGCCGUGGUGCUCACGGAAAUGCUGCGCCGCCGAUUUAUCUUCCUCGCCGGUGUUCUGGAGCAGCAGGAGCUCCUGGCCCGCUGGCGGAACAUUAUUGUGCCAUACUGCCUCGUCACGGAGGCGGUUCAAGGCGACUUUUUGGCGACCGUUGUGUUGCUGCAGGAGGCGCCGCGGCGACGCGUACCCGGUGCAGUGCGUGCGGUGUUGGGACUGCGCAGCCAGCGCGCCAACUCGGCCCCGCGGCGGACUGCUUCUGCCACGUGUGUGCAGCGGCGACGAGGCGAAAUGGCUGAUGGCAACGACGAGAAUGUCUAUGGCGGCAAAAACAACAAAAAUGGCAGCAGCAGCUACAGGAACGAGAAACGGUUCGCUGCAUCUCUGCAGAUAGCGGAAAGGCAGCGCGAUUUUCUCUGCAAGCCAAGUUUUGACCUGCUGGCCCGCCGCUCCGCCCAUUCACGUCUGUUCUCCGGGGACGCGACGGUGACGCUACGCGCAGAGCAGCAGCAGCAGCGGUCAAGCGCAGUAACCACAACAGCAACGGGAAAAGCAGAAAGAAAGCCAAGAAAAGUGGAGAACGCGGUGACUGCCAGGAAGCGCAUCGUCACGUGGGUCGACCCGUCACCGCCCGCUGUGUGA